CAUCCCAAAUAAUGAAAUUAGUAUUCAGAUCAUAGAAACAUCUACACUGAUGACAUAUGAGGUUCUGUAAACAAUAUAAGGCUCAGCCCAUCUAAAGCUCUAUAAAAACAGCACAAAGGGAGGAGAGCUAGGAGGUUCACUCCAUUUGCCUUGAAGCACGUCACAACCUACACCUUCUGACUUUUUUAUGGCUUAUUUUUGCUGUCAUGAUGAACUUAACCGAAAACAACAAUUUGAGCAACACAUUUUAUUUGAAAGCAAUGAAUGAGAAGCCUUUGGUGGUGCAGGUGCUGGUGGGGAUUCUUCUCUAUGUGAACGGACUGAUGAUUUUCACUUUUUUGAAGAAAGAGGCCUUCAGGGAAACACGCUACAUUCUGUUUGCUCAGACUCUUUUUGUUGACACUGUUCUUAUGCUGUUGAGUGAUUUAACCCUCAUGAUGUCAUUUUACCAGUACCCUGUGCAUAUAAUUCCUUGUUAUAUCUUCUGUACACUUAUGUUUUUGCUCUAUGUUUGUUCACCCCUCACUCUUGUCGCCAUGUGUUUGGAGCGCUAUGUAGCAAUAUGUAUGCCUUUAAGACAUUCUAGCAUCUCCACCCCUAAAAAUACUUUUAUAGGGCUUCUCGUCAUAUGGAGUGUCAGUUUUGUCAUUCCAUUGUUUAUUUUAAUAGCCUCUUUUUGUUAUAUUCCUCCUGGUGUCUCUCACCAAUAUGUUGUGUGUAGUGUGGAAAUCAUGUUACAGGUAAAAUGGCUGGCAGACAUGAGAGCGAUUAGUCUGCAACUCUUAUUCAUCAUGAUGUUUUGUAUUAUUGUCUCCACUUACUUCAAGAUUAUACUGGCGGCCAGAUCUGCCUCCACCGAGAGAAAGAACUCCACAAAUAAGGGUCUCAAAACUAUAAUUCUCCAUGGUGUUCAGCUGCUUCUGUCUAUGAUGCAGCUUAUAACUCCUUACAUAGAUAUGCCUUUAUGGAAAGUAGAUUUUAUGCUAUUUGUGAAUGUAAGAUACUCAAAUUUCAUCUUGUUUUUGAUCUUGCCUCGUUGUUUGAGUCCCCUAGUUUAUGGAUUACGAGACAAAAAGUUUUAUAAUGCUCUUAAAUAUUAUGCUUUUUGUGGCAUUUUAGUUUGUAAUAAGCACAAAAUAAGAGACAGUAAACCUUCAGAAGUGUAGUAAGUAUUUCCAUACACAACUAACCCAUUUGUGCCGAAAUUAUUCUGAAUCGUUUCAUGCAUAUAGUCAUGUUAAUAGUGUCCUAUGUGAACAUGUUCUGCAUUUAUUUACCACAGUUUUUUUUUCUUCUUAAAACUCAUAUUUGAAUGUGCAGCAACUAUAGUGAGCAAAUAUGUUGUAUGUACCCCUUGAAUGUCAAAUUUGACUAUGAGGAGAACAUUUGGCAUCUAACUCAAAUAAAAAUAUAUGCUUUCAACAGAUCAUUCUUUAUUCAUAAACACAUUUAUUAUUCAUCUGAAAUCAUUUGAUGCAAACCCCCCAAAAGUUGUAACUAGCUUAUAAUCUCUUGAAAAUUAAAACAUUACAAAUCCAUUUGUCUUAAAAUAGUAGAACAUAGUGCAGAACAAA